GAAGCCUUCGUACGAGCCGUUCUCGUACCUGUACUGCGUUACGAAAUCAAAGAGUGCCGAUCACGGAGGCUGGGUACAGGCGAACUGUCUUCGGGCUACCGAGAAAGGCUACUUUGUGAGUGCGGUGCCGACUUCUCAGAAGUCCUGGAGGAAUUGGUAGGUGCCCUUUUCGGGAAACUGGGAGUCGCCAUCGGGAUAGCUUGUCCGCUUCCCCAUCCCCACGACCUUCCAAAUAGCCGGUAGGUUGACGUGCCGUUCUGUAAGUCUGCGGCCGUACUUCUCUUGUGACUAACCUUAUUUUGUUCUCAUGUAGGCAAACUGAAGCAGCCGAUCUCGACUCAGUCAGAGAUUCGGCAAAUCGACAGAGUGAGGUGCAAAAUCCCUGUCGUUGAGAGGGUGUAACCCUAGUUUCUCUUCACUGCAAACCUCAUCGAAGCCAAGCUCGUCGACCCUGCCGAAAUGACGGACGAGAGGAGAGCUGCCGAGGCGAAGAGGAUGAACAAGUACUCCAAGCGGCGCCUGAUGAUGGGCCUUCAAGGGAAGAGGACGAAACGGCAGGCGGAGGCAGUGCCUACGCCGUUGACGGGGGUUGAUUCGGAAGAUCAAACCAUUGCCGAUCGCCUGAGGCAACUCAACACCGAGACGGCGUCAGUUGGUACGGCAGCGGUAAGCUCUACGCCAACGCGGGGGCAGGCUACUGACGCCACCACCUCCAAGGCUGCCAGUAAAAGGCCAGUGACGGUGGAUCUGGAGGCGAAGCCGGCGCCCAAGUGGAGUCGGCAGGGGGAGGUACCGAGGGUCACUCUUGCCGCCGAAGAUGAUGACAACUCGGCAGAGCCAUUCACGAUUGCGUGUCCGUCGAAGUCAGUCCAGUUUGCGAACCAUAUGAUUCUUGGUUCGCAAAUGGAGCUCUCUGAGAUCGAGGAGCUGCCGAAGAAGCUCAUUCGGGAAGAGGAUGGGCGCGCCUUCCGUCUCCAGGCCUCGGCUUCAUACCGUUCACUGAUGUAUAUCUGGUUGUGCGUGAAGCGCGCCAUUACCGCUGCCGAGCGUGCUAAGAAGGCCUACGAGGAUGACCGAGCCAAGGUUGCCGAGGUAGGCCAGGUGCUCCAGGCCCACGCUAAUCUCGUCAAGGAUAUGCAGGCUGCCGAACGGGAAGUGGGCUCGGAUAUGGCAGACCUUAUGUACCGCUUCAAACGGUACAAUCCAGGGCAGAAGCUGAAUCUCAAUUUUAUUGCCGAUCCUCCCCUACUUCCAGAAGGCGUUAAUGAAGACAUGAUUGAGGAGUACGAGGGGGAGGACGCUCCAGAAGAGGUCCUUGCCGCCGAGGGCUCCGCUGCCGCCGAAGCUCCUGCUGAUGCCGAUGCUACUGAUGAUGCCUGA